UCGUACAGUGUGAGCAGAAGCUGCGAUUGAGCGUAUGCCUGCCUUUAUAGGAGAUAUUGAACUCCGUAUCCUACUGCUAUGCAUUCUUUGCCUUGAAUGAAAAUGGGACUGACUUCAGAAAUGGCACACGUGUGCAGAAUCCUUCUACAUUGUGUUUUGAUAACGGGUUGCAUUGUGGAAGCCUUUGAUCCCAUGUCAGCAGUCAAUUGGAUUGGACAAAAGUUACAAUACGAAACUUGUGAUGACGGUUGGAUCAGAUUUGACUCAUCUAAACUGGAGCAGGCCUUGAAUAAGAAGCUCUUUGGGCAGCAUAUAGCAUCGCCUUUGGUCCUGAAAACAGUGACUGGAUACAUGAACAACCCGAACCCCAAGAAACCACUGGUGCUCUCUCUGCAUGGCUGGUCCGGCACAGCGAAGAACUUUGUGGGCCAGAUGAUUGCAGAGAGCAUCUACCACAAAGGCUUGGAGAGCAAAUUUGUACAUGUUCUCUCAGCCACUAAACACUUCCCCCACCAGAAUCAUCUAGAAACAUAUAUAGACUGGCUACAGAAGCGGGUGGAAAGCAGUGUCAGAAAGUGUCCUCAUUCUUUGUUUAUAUUUGAUGAGAUGGACAAAAUUCAAGCUGGCCUGAUUGACAGCAUCAAGCCAUGCCUGGACUACCACAACAAUCUGGAUGGGGUUUCUUAUAGAAAAGCCAUCUUCCUUUUCCUCAGUAAUUCAGGAGGGGAGAGGAUCAACGAGGAAGCCCUGGACUUCUGGAACAAGGGACGAGACCGAGAAGAGAUCCAGCUGGAGGAUUUGGAAGCAAAAGUCUCGCUCUGGAUUUUCAACACAAAGGGUGCUUUCUGGCAUGCCAGUUUCAUGGAUGAGCACCUGGUUGAUGCCUAUGUGCCUUUCCUUCCUUUGGAGUUCAAGCACGUGGUCCAGUGUGUCUUGGCCGAGAUGGAAUCCAGAGGUAUAGAGCCAGACCAGAAUGUGGCUGACCGCAUGGCACAAGCCAUGACCCAUGGGCGCAUUUAUGCCACACAAGGCUGCAAGACCAUCUCCAAUCGGCUGGAGUUCUACCUCUAAUACCCUCAGUGGAGGUGUUGACUGUAGAAAGUGACUUUGUUCUUAAGGGGAGGUUAUAUAUUGUCUUUCUUUUCAUGCUUUUUAAAAUAUUUUGAGGGGUCGUUAUGCCUUUAUUUUCAGGACAGUGUGAAAUGUGAAUGUAUGUACAGUAUGCAUUGUGUGUUUCUUUGAAUGCAAUGAAUAAUGAAGGUGCUUGAGAAAUGCUUUUGGCAAAUAAUCAGAUUCACUACCUAUCGUUUCACAACGAAGUAAGACUUGAA